UUCGGGUAUAAAGGUCACAUGAUGGCCAUAAAAGGCCAGAAUUUCCUGAAAUUUGCUCCACCAAAAUAUUUUCGUUUGAGUCAUCGGAGUCUAAUUUUUCCAAAUUACACUAUCGACCUCUUUCACCACGCGCUUCCCUCCCCCAACUUUCAACUCUACGCGCUCUAGUUGCAUAAUCUACUGCUGGCACUGGAAUAAUUAACCUAUUUCGGGCAACAGUCAUUUGACGUUAUCAAGUCGAGAGAUAGCAAAUAAUAGUGCAAUAGCAAUUUAAAGAUCACACAGCUUCUCUGCUAAAAAAGAUAAACACUCGUUUUCGUUGAGGAAAUAUUCUAAUUUGCACUCACUUUUUUUGUGCUAACAGUUCUUGUCACCAUGUCGCAGGAUAAAGAAAAGGAAUUGCAAAACUCCUCGCUCAAAGUGAGCGAGACUUAUGGUGCAGAGGAUGAUGCACAGGAUAUUCAAUCUAGUGUAUCCUCCAACGAGAAACCCAACUCUUUCGGCCAAACUAAAAGAUCUUUGGAGAGCAGACACAUUAAUCUUAUUGCGAUUGGCGGAAGUAUUGGUACGGGGUUGUUUAUCACCAUUGGUUCCCAAGGAUUGGUUAAUGCUGGACCAUUGGGUCUUUUAUUAUCCUACUCCUUCUGGACUGGCGUCAUCUUGAUGUUGACAGUUUCUGUAGGAGAAAUGGUCUGUUACUUGCCCGUGGACUCCCCAUUUUUGUCCAUGGCCGGUAGAGUGGUGGACCCUGCGUUUGAAUGUGCUGCGUCUGUGAACUUCUGGUUAAUGCAAAGUUUGUACAUCCCCUUUGAAAUCGUUGCGGUCAAUGGUAUGGUACAUUUCUGGAGAGAUGACUAUUCGCCUGCUAUCACACUUUGUAUCCAGAUUGCCAUCUAUGCUGCGAUUAACAUCUUUGCAGUGAGACUUUAUGGUGAGACUGAGUUCUGGUUAUCUCUUGGAAAAUUGAUUUUGUGUAUUGGGCUCUUGUUCUUCACGCUCAUCACCAUGUGCGGUGGAAACCCAGAGCAUGACGCUUUUGGCUUCAGAUACUGGCACGCUGAAGGAGGGCCAAUUGCCGAGCACAUCACCACUGGCUCGCUAGGUCGUUUCCAAGGUUUUUUGGCUGGUUUAUUCUCAGCAAGUUUUACUGUGGUGUCUUCAGAGUAUCUCUCCAUGACUGCCGGUGAAGCAAAAAACCCCAGGAAAAACAUGGCUACUGCUUUCAGAACCGUCUUGUACCGUUUAGUGAUUUUCUUCAUUGGUGGAGCUUUGUCUGUCAGUAUUUUGAUUGCUUACAACGACCCAACAUAUUUGGAGUUGACUAAGGAUUCUUCGAAUGCUGCUGCUUCCCCUUACGUCGUUGCUAUGCAAAACUUGAACAUCAAGGUACUUCCAGAUAUUGUGAAUGCGGUUAUUUUGUCUUCGGCUUUUUCUGCUGGUAACUCAUACACCUACUGCUCCUCAAGAGCUUUGUACGCGCUUUCGGUUAAAGGAUUCGUACCAAGCUUCUUCAGAAAGUGUACCAAGAAUGGUGUACCACUUUACUGUAUCGCAGUUUCAGUGGCCUUUUCCUUCUUAUCCUUGUUACAGUUGAGUGACUCGAGUCUGAGUGUGUUGAACUACAUGGUGUCGUUGUGUACUGGCUCACAAUUGCUCAACUAUUUCUUCAUGGGGAUAACUUACUUGCACUUUUACAGAGCUUGCAAGGUGCAGGGUAUUGACAGAGCACAAUUCACUUAUACAUCAUGGUUCCAGCCUUAUACUGCGUUGGUGGCAACCUUCUUUUUGAUGUUGGUGGUUGGAAUCUUGGGUUAUACUGUUUUCAUCCCAGGAAUGUGGUCCGUCAACGAGUUUUUGUAUAACUACGUUAUGAUCUUCGUUUCGCUUGCUGUGUACAUCUUUUGGAAAGUCAGCAAGAGAACGAAGUACAUCAAGCCUGAGGAUGCUGAUCUUCAGACUGGGCUUCUCGAAAUCGAGGAGCACGAGUAUCGCUACUACGCCGAGAUGGAGGCCGAAGGCAAAACAGAGACUCGCUGGAGUAAGGCUAUGGGGUGGAUUCUCUAGAGUUUCCUUUUUUUUUCAAUUCGAACAAUCUCCUUUUUUAGAAACGUUCAUUCGCAUUCAUUUCUUAUUCCAUUUGAUUUUAUUUUCUUAUAUACCACUAUCGAAACAAUUUGAAACAUCUCAGGCUUCAAGAUUGGUCUUAUUAGUAAUG